AUAGGAAUCCUCUUAUCCCAAAAUAAUCUCUUAACAACCUCCCACGUUGCGAUAUGGGAUUUAAAACGAGUAAGUUGGUCGAAAUGGAAAUUACAACGUCGUCAUUUAUUUGCACUUCUUGCGUUUUUUGGUUUCGUAAAUAUCUAUGCGAUGCGAGCCAAUUUAUCGGUGGCAAUUGUUCAAAUGACAAGCAAUACCACACAAUUCAUCGAUGGUACUCUUGUUUUCAAACCAGAAUUUGGUGAGUGGGAUUCAGUUACGCAAGGAACUAUUUUAAGCUCAUUUUUUUAUGGCUAUAUUUUGACACAAGUACCAGGUGGUUAUCUCGCACAUCGUCAUGGAGGAAAACUCGUCUUUCUGCUAGGCGUAUUUGGAACAGCUGUUUUAACCAUUCUUACGCCACCUUUAGCGCAUAUGGGGAAAUACUUGUUAAUUGCUGCGAGAUUUUCUGAAGGAAUGCUUGAGGGAGUGACAUAUCCGGCAAUGCAUGUGCUUUGGAUUCAUUGGGCAACACCAGUGGAAAGGACUCAGUUAGCGUCUUUUGCAUUCUCUGGCGCAUAUAUUGGCACCGUUUUUGCUAUGGUUAUCUCAGCGAUCCUCGGACAUCAUUUUGGAUGGCCAUUAAUUUUUUAUUUUUUCGGCUGCUUGGCAUUUGUUUGGUGUUUUAUUUGGAUAAAAUAUAUAAAUGAUUCACCAGGAAAUGACCAGUACAUAACAACUGAGGAGCUUACUUGGUUGCAAAAAAAUUCUCAGAGUACCAACUAUCUUGUAGUUCCAUGGAACAAUAUUUUCACCAGCAAAAGUGUUUGGGCAAUUGUUACGGCACAUUUCUGUGAAAAUUGGGGUUUUUAUACAAUGUUGACGAGUUUACCCCGAAUUUUGUCGGAUUUGAUGAAUUAUGAAUUAGAAAAGGCAGGCUUUUUUGCUGCGUUACCAUAUUUUUUGCUGGGAAUUGUAUUAAUAAUUUGCGGAAAUUUGCAAGAUAUUCUUCGUGAUCGUUAUAUGUGGUCAACAGUCAAGACACGUAAAUAUUUUUGUUGCUUGGGUUUUAUUUGCCAGGCUAUUUUCAUAUCAUUGGCUGCUAUUCAUGCUCCGGCCAAUGUAGUAAUGUUAUCAGUAGUUGUUUCGAUUGCUUUAGGAGGUCUUCCGUGGAGUGCGUUUUCUGUUAACCAUCUUGAUAUAGCUCCUCAGUAUGCUGGGCAUUUGAUGGGGUUAUCUAAUACGAUUGCAACAUUACCAGGCAUGUUUAGCCCAAUUUUCGUUGGUUUUAUCAUGCCGAAUGAAUGGCAUAUUAUUUUUCUGGUAACAGCUGGAAUCUAUCUUGUGGGUGCUUUUAUUUACUGGCGUUGUGCAAGUGGUGAAAUCCAAAACUGGGCAUCAUUCCAUGAACGUUCGGUUAUGGACUGA